AUGUUCUCGAAAAAUAAAAACAACACCAAUUCAUAUUCCGUCCGUCCAGAUCAUGCGAUUACUAGUACCCAAGGUGCUAAGAUCCAUGAUCCAUUUGCCACUGAAAGGAUUGGUCAACAUGGUCCACUGUUAUUACAGAAUGCAAACUUAAUUGAGUCCCUAGCUCAUUUUAACAGAGAAAGAAUUCCAGAAAGAAACCCACACGCUCAUGGUAGUGGUGCCUUUGGUGUUUUCAAAGUUACAGAUGAUAUUUCUGAUAUCUGUGGUAGUGAGAUGUUUGAUACCGUUGGCAAAGAAACUAAAUUGUUAAUUAGAUUCUCUACCGUUGGUGGUGAAAAGGGAUCUGCAGAUACUGCUCGUGACCCUCGAGGCUUUGCUAUUAAGUUUUACACAAAAGAGGGAAAUCUAGAUUGGGUGUAUAACAACACCCCAGUUUUUUUCAUUCGUGAUCCAAGCAAAUUCCCACAUUUUAUUCAUACUCAAAAAAGAAACCCUCAGACCAAUCUAAAAGACGCUAAUAUGUUUUGGGAUUUUUUGACUACUGAAGAAAAUCAAGUUGCUAUUCAUCAAGUGAUGAUUUUGUUUAGUGACCGUGGUACCCCAAAAUCCUAUAGAAAUAUGAAUGGGUACUCUGGCCAUACCUAUGUAUGGACCAAUAAAAAAGGAGAAUGGCAUUAUGUCCAAGUCCACAUUAAAACAGAUCAAGGUAUUGAAACUUUAAAUAAUGAAGAAGCUUCUAAAUUAGCUGGCCAAAGUCCAGAUUACUGUCAACAAGAUUUGUUUAAUUCUAUUGACAACAAAAAGUAUCCAAGCUGGACAGUUUACGUUCAAACUAUGACUAAAAAGGAAGCUGCUGACUUGCCAUUUUCCGUCUUUGAUUUAACUAAAGUUUGGCCUCAAAAACAAUUCCCACUACGUCGUAUCGGGAAAAUUACCUUAAAUGAAAACCCAACAAAUUAUUUUGCACAGGUAGAACAAGCUGCAUUUUCUCCAUCGAACACCGUUCCAUAUCAACAACCAAGUGCUGACCCAGUUUUACAAGCCAGGUUGUUUGCUUAUCCGGAUGCUCAUCGUUACCGUUUGGGUCCAAAUUUCAAUCAAAUUCCUGUUAAUUGUCCAUAUGCUUCUCAAUUUUUCAAUCCUGCCAUCAGGGACGGUCCGAUGAAUGUUAACGGUAAUUUUGGUAAAGAACCAAAUUAUUUAUCUACAGACAAAAAAUAUGUUUUUGGUGAUAAAUAUGAAUUAAACAAACCUGAAAUAUGGAGUGGCCCUGCUAUUCCAUAUCAUUGGAAAACCUCUCCAGGUGACAUUGACUUUCAACAAGCAACUAACUUGUACCAAAAGGUUCUAAGUAAACAACCUGGUCAACAAAAAGCAUUAGCUCAUAACGUUGCAGUUCAUGUUGCAGCCGCUUGUCCAAAAAUCCAAGAUCGUGUUUUUGCUAUGUUUUCCCGUGUUGAUAAGAAAUUGGGUAAUGAUAUUAAGGAAGAAACUUUAAAUUUGGCACCAAGAUCCAGGACUAGCAAAUUAUAG